AGUUAUACCCAGAAACAUGGCUGUGCGUCUCUUUGAGGGUAAAGAUCAUGCAGCUGCGUACCUGCAGUACAGAGUGGAGCCUGUUGAAUUAAUCAGCUUAAUUAUGAGCUACAUGGAGAAAAAAACCACAAAACAGUUCAACCUCGCAGUGGAUGUGGGCUGCGGUUCGGGGCAAGGAACGAUCUUAUUGGCUCCAUACUUCACCAGGGUUGUUGGAACAGACAUCAGCCCCGCUCAGCUGCAGAUGACUCUGGCCAAAAGCAACCCUCCAAAUGUUUCAUACAGGGAGUGUCCAGCAGAAGAGCUACCGUUUGGUUCUGGUGAGGUGGACCUCGUGACGGCCAUGACCGCGGCUCACUGGUUCGACCGGGAGAAGUUCCUGGUGGAAGCUGACAGGGUGCUGAGGCCUGGAGGCUGCCUGGCUCUCCUAAGCUACACCUCAGACUUUGAGCUGGAGUAUGGAGAUAUCUCCAACACACUGAAUGACAUCUGUAAUGAGUUUUACGCUGCCCUGCUCCCCUUCCGAAAUCCUCAUAUAGGAACGAGCUCUGUGACGAUCUACUCUGACAUGUUUGACUCCUGCUCCUACCCAGACAAAGAGUGGAAUGACUGUCUGAGGGUUAAAAGGACUUUGUCAUUGAACGGAUACAUCUGCAUGGUGGAGACCUUCUCCACUUAUCAGAAAUUACUACAAAAGGACCCCACGGAGGCUAAACGUCUCUCUGAUGACAUCAGAAACAAGUUAAUGGCUGCCAUGAAGACGUCUUCUCCUGACACAGAAGUUACGGUGAUUGUCAAGUAUUUCUAUUGGCUGGCGUGCAAACCUGGUUCACUCUGAUUUGCUGAAUCCUGUUGAUCCUUACGUCUUCAGUCUGUAAACCUCAGCUGUAAGUUUCAGCAGAGACUGACAUAAAUCCGUUGGUUGAAUCUCUAUUGUCUUAAAACAAGCACAUGGUGUGUUUAUCUUUUUAAUUUUGUCUCA